AUGCAAAUUCUAGGCAAAUAAAGGUACUUUAAGCGCUAUGAGUAUGCUAGAAGAAGAUGUGACUUAAUUGAGAUCUUAAACAUAAGAAAAUAUGUACAUGCUUUUUGCCAAAACGUUAGAUAUUUCCAUUCUGGUUAAAUAUAUGAAUUUAGAGAGUAAAUUAAGAAGAUGAUGUAGUGUUUGAUGAAAGUUUAUGCGAAAGAAUUAAAGUCCAUUAAACAAUCUAAUUCAUUCAGAUAACUCUAUACUUCAACUAGGUUGUUUUCAAAUCAAAUCUCUUAGAAUGGAGCUACAAUUGAGACAAAUGAACUUGCAGAAUUGAUGAAGCCUGAUCAUCCAGAAAAUGAAAGACUUGUAAUAUUUAAUGGAACUUUGAUAAGAAGAGAUUAUGUCCCUAAGGAAGACCAUGCAAAGGAAAGAAUCCCAGGAUCAUUAUGGUUUGACUUCAAAACAUUCUGUGAGUAGAAUACUACACUUUCUUAUAUGAUGCCUACUGAUGAAUACUUUUCUGGAAUCAUGAAGAGCAUGGAUGUUAGAAAGAGUGAUUUGAUUGUAGUCUACGAUAAAUACAGAAUGAUUUCAGCACCAAGAGCAUUCUGGAUGCUCAAGACAUUUGGAGUUAAGGAUGUAUUUUUGUUGAAUGGAACGUUCGCUAAAUGGCAAAGAGAGGGCAGACCUAUCGAGAAGGGUGACUCUGAAUCUGCAUGGAAAAAAAUUCAUACAAUAGCUGCUAAGCCUGAUGAUUAUAACUACAAAAAGGAUAUCACAAAAAUCAGAAAAUUUGAGGAAAUAGAUAGUAUAGUGUCAGAAAAUAUGCAAAAGCCUGAGGAAUUAUAGCAACCUUUACUUGACUCAAGAGUUCACAAGUAUUACCUGAGAGGGCAUAUUCCAACCUCUCGCAGUUUGGCUCUUGAUGAAGUUAUGGAUAAAGAUUUUUGCUAUUUAAAGAAAGAUGAUAUGGUCAAAAUUAUUUAAAGCAAGGGUAUCAAGGACCCAAGCAAGGACAAAAUAAUUCUUACAUGUCAGAGAGGAAUUACAGCUUGCAUAGUUGAUGCAGCUUUUAAAAGUAUUGGGAAUGAAAAUACAUCUGUUUAUGAUGGUUCAUUUGAGGAAUAUGCUAAAAUUAAAGGUAUUGAGGUGCAUAAAGAAUGA